AUGACUGAAGAAGCAAAAGGACAGAGGAGUGUUCAACUGCCACCCAGGAAGAAGAAAGUGACUAUUCAUUCCCCCAUGGUACAGAAUGACUGUACGAACAAACCAGGGGCCACUGUAAGUUUUGUCUAUCUGCUCCAGAAGGCAGGCGAUGGGUCAGAAGCUCGAAUUUCUCAAAAGUUACCUUCCCUAAAAAGAGCACAAAGAGUGGCAGGAUACGGCACCCACAAGAGAGAUCUGAAGUCAUGGAUGGUCACCCUUCUUGCCGUUCUCUCCCUGGUGAUGGUGGCAGUGACCAUUGGACUUCUGGCUCACUUCUUAGUCUCUGAUACUCAAGCCAAUCGCAAUUCAGGACAAAAGAGCUCAAAUCAAUUGAAGGAUUUCCAGGAGAUGAAUGAAAAAUUGGUAGAUGAAAUAUUUAUGGAUUCAGCCUUGAACAAGCCCUACAUCAAGAGCUAUACAGUUCCAGAAGAAGAUGAUGUGAAAGCGGACAUUGUUACGGUGUUCCAGACCCCCUCUGCUGAGCAAAGGACCAUGGGAGAAAAGAAGAUCCACAGCAUCUUAAAUCAGAAGACAAGGAACACAAGAGCCUUGCCAGCUGAUGUCUCCGUAGUUCAAGUUAGUGAUUGUGGCAAACGAGCUAUCCCAUUAAUUGCCAACAGAAUAGUGUCUGGAAACCUUGCAGCCAAGGGUGCCUGGCCUUGGCAAGUUUCCCUUCAGCGCAGCAACUUCCAUCAGUGCGGGGGCACCUUGAUUGGUAACAUGUGGGUCGUCACUGCAGCACACUGUUUUAGAACUAAUUCUAACCCACGUCAAUGGACUCUUAGUUUUGGAACAACGAUAAACCCUCCUUUAAUGAAAAGAGAUGUCAGAAGGAUUAUUAUGCAUGAAAGGUAUCGCCCCCCAGCAAGAGACCACGACAUUGCUCUUGUGCAGUUUUCUCCCAGAGUCACCUUUUCAGACGAAGUACGCCGAAUUUGUUUGCCAGAAGCCUCUGCAUCGUUCCCUCCAAAUUCAACUGUCUACAUCACAGGAUUUGGAGCACUUUACUAUAGUGGGGAAUCCCAAAAUGAGCUCCGAGAAGCCAGAGUUCAGCUCAUAAGCAAUGAGGUCUGCAAACAACAACAGGUGUAUGGAAAUGACAUAAAGCGGGGCAUGUUCUGUGCUGGGUUUCUGGAAGGAAUUUACGACGCCUGCAGGGGUGAUUCUGGGGGACCAUUAGUUGUAAAAGACAACAAAGACACAUGGUACCUCCUUGGAAUUGUGAGUUGGGGAGACAAUUGUGGUCAAAGGAACAAACCUGGAGUUUACACACAAGUGACUUAUUACCGACGCUGGAUUGCUUCAAAAACGGGCCUCUAA